UGUUGCUGCUGAUAUGGGAGGUGGCAUGCAUGAGACCGACAUGCCAUCUUACAGCCUUGGCAUUUAUGACACUUCAGGGACGUCGCAGGUGACCCCAUCGGGUCAAUUCUUGAUCAUGGGCUCGGAUUUUCAAGGAGUGGAGUUGGGUAGAUAUUUCCCUGGCCCGUCUACCACUGAUGAGUCUCGACCGAUCCGAGAUUUUGAUAGUGGGCACCGACUGAGUUAUGGCAGCUCAUCACAUGCGCAGGCUUCAUGCGAUGCUGCGACAGAUGACUACAUUCAGGAUCCAGACACGAUUAUGCCUUCUACUGGACCUGACAGCACCACCGAUACAUGUCAUCCUGUGCCGCAUCCGGCCAUAAGGAGACGACUUGAUGAUGAUGAUCCUGAUAGCGUACCCGGGCGGCAGGGGAUGCGCCUCAGGCCAACGGCUACUUUGAGACACACCGGAUGCGGGACACAUUGAUUCGGUCUUCCAUUUUUAUGUUUUUUUGGUGUAAAUAAUAUUUUUGUAUACAUUAACAACAAUAUUUAAUCGAAUAUGACAGUUACUUUUU